GAGCGCCCCCUUUCUUAUUGUUCCCCGCCUGCUCCCUUCUCUUUCAUCGCAGGGGGACACUCACAGUCACAGUGUGGGUUGGGGUGCGUCGCCGAAAGGAGUGAAGAAAGGAGAGUGUUAGUGUUCCGCAAGAGAGGAGACGGAUGGAUUUCGGAAUCCCCAGGGAGCUUUCAGAUCUGCAGAAGCAGCGUCUGCUCUAUCAGCCCGAGCUCCCUCCUUGCCUCCAGGGAACUGAAGUUAGGGUUGAGUUUGGCGAUUCUACCACUGCUGGAGACACAUCUGCUGCUAGUGCAGUUAGUCGCUACUUUCCUCUUACGUAUGGACAGCCGUUGGUUCAUUUCUUAAGGGCGACGGCGAAGGUCCCUGAUGCUCAUAUCAUUACGGAGCAUCCUGCAAUUAGGGUCGGGGUUGUCUUUUCUGGACGACAAUCUCCAGGAGGACACAAUGUAAUUUGGGGUCUUUAUGAUGCGCUUAAGUUGCAUAACCCACAAAAUGUCUUGCUGGGUUUCGUGGGUGGUACGGAAGGUUUGUUUGCUCAGAGGACUCUGGAAAUCACAGAAGAUGUAUUGUCCAGCUACAAAAACCAAGGUGGCUUUGACAUGCUAGGACGGUCUGUUGAUCAAAUAAGGACAACUGAGCAAGUGAAUGCUGCACUGACAACAUGCCAAAAUUUGAAGUUGGAUGGGCUUGUUAUUAUUGGAGGUGUGACUUCCAACUCCGAUGCUGCUACACUUGCUGAGACAUUUGCUGAUGCAAAAUGUCCUACAAAGGUAGUGGGAGUUCCUGUUAGUUUGUAUGGUGACUUGAAGAAUCAAUUUGUGGAGGCAAAUGUUGGUUUUGAUACAAUCUGCAAGGUUAACUCUCAGCUAAUCAGUAAUGUCUGUACAGAUGCACUUUCUGCUGAGAAGUACUACUAUUUCAUCCGAGUUAUGGGCAGGAGGGUAUCCCAUGUUGCCCUGGAGUGUGCUCUCCAAUCGCAUCCAAACAUGGUCAUCCUUGGUGAAGAGGUAGCUGCAACAAAACUCACUCUUUUUGAUCUGACGAAGCAAAUUUGUGAUGCCAUUCAAGCCAGGGCUGAGAAAGAUAAGUACCAUGGUGUCAUCCUUCUGCCAGAAGGUCUUAUUGAAAGUAUUCCAGAAGUGUAUGCUCUCUUGCAGGAAAUUCACGGUCUGCAAGGCCAAGGUGUUUCGGUGGACAAUAUUUCUUCACAACUUUCUCCAUGGGCAUCUGCUUUAUUUGAAUUUUUGCCGCCAUUUAUCAGAAGACAGCUGCUGCUUCAACGUGAAUCAGAUGACUCUGCGCAGUUAUCUCAGAUUGAAACUGAGAAACUUUUAGCCCAGCUGGUGGAAACAGAAAUCAACAGGCGACUGAAAGAAGGAACUUACAAGGGGAAGAAGUUCAAUGCCAUAUGCCAUUUCUUUGGUUACCAAGCUCGUGGCGCAUUGCCAUCAAAAUUUGACUGUGACUAUGCUUAUGUCCUUGGGCAUAUAUGCUACCACAUUCUUUCAGCUCGUUUGAAUGGCUACAUGGCUACCAUAACCAAUCUAAAGAAUCCUUCUAAUAAGUGGAGAUGUGGCGCCACUCCUAUAACUGCAAUGUUGACUGUGAAACGUUGGUCGAGAGGUCCUGGUGUUGCAUCCAUUGGAAAGCCUGCAAUCCAUGUCACACCUGUGGAUCUGAAGGGGAAAGCAUAUGAGUGGCUGAGGCAAAAUGCAGCAAUGUUCUUGAUGGACGACAUCUAUAGGAACCCAGGCCCCCUCCAAUAUGAAGGCCCAGGAGCAGAUGUCAGGACUGUGACUCUUGCUGUGGAAGAUCAGGACUACAUGGGUCGUAUCAAGAAAUUGCAGGAGUAUCUAGAGAAGGUGAAGACAAUAGUGAAGCCAGGCUGCUCACAGGAUGUUCUGAAGGCUGCUCUCAGUGCCAUGGCUUCCGUUACAGAUAUACUCUCCGUCAUGUCAACCCCUACUUACAGCACACAACUGCUCUGAGGUCUUGAUCCGGAACAGCGUCUUGGACAACUGAAGUCUACAGUGACUUCUUCUGCAGCGCCCUCUCUCUCUCUCUCUAUCUCCCCACCCCUGAGUUGUGAUGAGUAGAUCUUUUGUCAUAAAUGGCUGCCUCUGUGGGCCACUGAAUUUUGUGAUGGUUCCAAUGACCAUGGGUCUUGUUGAACUUUCUACUUUCCGUGGUAUUUGCUGUAAGCCUCUUUGUUUAUCAAUUUUGACUGUGUUUUAUGGUUCUAUAAAAGGUUAGCUGGUGUAAGCUACCGUUCUUCA